AUAAUCAAGAAAGUCGAUAACGUAAUUAAUGUUAUGUAUUUUUGGUUUAGGAGAACACAGUGGUAGCGGUGAACACGAUGGUGGUAGCAAUAACAACAACGGAGCAUCCACACCGUGUGGACAAUCCACACAAGGAUCAGGAGAACACAGUGGUAGCGGUGAACACGAUGGUGGUAGCAAUAACAACAACGGAGCUUCCACACCAUCUGGACAGUCCACACAAGGAUCAGGACAGGGCAGCGGUAGCGAUGGACCCGAUGGCGGUAGCAAUAACAACAACGGAGCAUCUACACCAAGCUCAGGCGGAGGCAGCAAUAUCGGUGAAAACAAUGGUGGUAGCCAUGGUAGCAAUGGCGGUGACAGUAAUGAGUCCAGCAGUACCACCAUAGAUGUCCAGAUUUCUAUAGUGAAAAUACUAAUCAAGAAUCUCCAGCCUUGGACUGUUGAAUUCUGCAACAGACAUAACAUUAUAACCAUAAAAGAACUGAUUAGUCAAUACUCUUUAUGGACUGCUUACAUCUAUGAAGAGUUUAUCAAAAUAGUUCGCGUUAACGUAGGCCAUUGUCGAUGCUGGUAAUUACACCUUUUCUGUAACUUCCGUCAAUUGGAAUAAAACUUCAGAUACAGACGUAAAUAUACAAUAAAUAUACGUGUACAGUUUAUCAAAUUUAUUUAUAUGUAAAACUGGGGAAUGGAAAAGGUUUAAUAAAUGUUAUACUGCAUCACAAAAUAA